AUGAGUUCGCUCUUACUCAACAGCCUUUCACAGUACAUCUUCCAGCAUAUUUACCCCAAGUGGCCUAAACGCAAGUACGGCAUUCCGUUAUCAUAUGUUGGGCGCACACCACUUACUAAUCCCAGAUUUGUUGAUGAUGUGAUGCUCAUUUAUGGCUCAAUGACAUUAAUCAAACGGAUGAUAUCAGACGUCCGAAGCGUUGCUCUGACGACAGGCUUGGAGAUCCACCCAGACAAAACAAAACUAUUACACAAUCUUCGCGACCGGAAGCCAACAACUGCGCCGGAAUUUCCCGUCGUUGACGGCAUGCAGAUCGAAGUUUUGUUUUUUUCUGGGACACAGAAGUAUCUUGGCCGACAGUCUACAUUCUGUGACCAAGCAGAGGUAGAGAUAGAGUCACGGAUCAAGGCUGCUUGGAAGAAGUUCGGCUUGUUCAAGCAGGAGCUCACUGCCAAGGCGUAUUCAGCGCAUGACCGACUGCGCCUGUUCAACGACGUUGUUGGUGCAACUAUGUUGUACGGGUGUGCGCCAUGGACGCUCACGGCAGAAAUGGACUGCAAAAUUUAG